CGUAGCCGUCCAUAGACGUUCGCUACCGGCCUACUAAUAGGUGGUAUUCCUCUACCCGUCGUCUUUAUGCUAGCCGCUUGCUUGGAAGCAUGAUCCCGAGGACAGUGUACCCGAAUUAUCCUGUAACGAGGCAUCAUCCACCCAUCAUCGUAAGUAAAGAAUCGUUUUCUGCUUUGCGAAGCCCUAACUGCUCUCUCGAUGCGUUCACGCUGACGUAUCACUACAGCAUGACCAGUCACAUCUCCAGACUCUCUACUACCCAAGAACAUAUCGGGCUUCCUCCAUGCCAGUUCUGGACCCUCUGAAGCAAGAGAUCCGCCAACUGGAGAGGCGGGAAGAUUUAUUGCAAUCAAACAUCAAGCAACUACAAGUGCUGCUUGAAGAAACACAGGCGUCUCUGUCAGAAAAGAGGAUAAAGGCUACUACCUUACAGAACCUGCUUGCACCAGUUUCACGUCUUCCGAACGAGAUGCUACUGGCAAUCUUUGAGGAGGCCGUGUCGAGUCCACCCGAGAAAGAAAUGUGGGUCCCAAUUGACAUUUCUCAUGUCUGCCACCGGUGGAGAGAGGUUGCGAUCAGCUCUCCGCGAUUAUGGAGGCAUAUCUGGGUCAUGCCUAGCAUCAAGCUCCAUCUCCUGGAGGCGUAUGUUGCCAGAGCGUCAGCAUCUCGUUACCUUGACGUCCACUUUUUCAAUUGGCGAGAAAGGAAAGACUUCCAGCGUUUUGAUGCAGCUCUAGAGUUUAUUCUUCCAUCCAUUGAACGCUGGCGAAGCCUUUCCAUUUCAUCUAUGUGCGACACGAAAAUUCAGCAUCUGGCCAACAAGCUCAAGAAGAGUUCCUUUCCCGUACUUCGUCACUUCUCGUUCCGUGCAUUACGUCCGGGCCAGACGUGCAUCGGUCUAUUUUCGGCCAACGACGACUGUCCUGCCCUAAAAACUUUUGACGCUGAGAAUUUCUCGCUUUCUGGAGACUUAACGGGAAAUCGAUCGAAGAUGCUUCAAGUGUUUUCGAAGUUGACUAGUCUGACACUCAGACGGUACAGCAACGACACUAGGUUGUUGCGCACCAUGAUCGAUUCCACCGUUUUCCGUACCCUGCUGAACUCUACACCAGGGUUGACGACGCUGGUUCUGCACGGGCAACCCCUCCGAUUUCGAAUCGGGGCCCCUGUUGACGGUGAAUCCACCGUCGUAUCGAUGCCGCACCUCCAGAAUCUCAUUCUUCAUCCCGGAGUUCUGAAACCGCGAUACCUACAACAAACGAUCUCGAGCAUCCACGCUCCCUCAUUGCGUCAUUUUGAACUCGUCUUCCCAGAUUCCAAAAUGUCAGGUCAGAACGUCGUCGAGCUCCUUUUCGACGCAAAGACGAGGAAGCCCCGGUUCCCGCUCGUUAGCACGGUCGUGCUCCACAACGCUUCUAACUCGAGUACCGCAACUUCAUUCAUCCACGCUUUUCCAUAUGCAUCGCAUGUCACGCUCGGCGGCGUCGAUGUCGGGUUCUUCCCACAGGUCCUACGUGCGCGAGUUUAUAACGCGUAUCCUUACACCUAUGAGCGUAUUUAUGACCCCCGUGCAUCUUAUCCCUGUUGGCACCGGCUGCGCUCGCUCAUGCUCCGGUCCGCGAAACCAGAGAUGCUGCGCAUGGUUCGUGAGUGGAUAAGGGAUGAAUGGGACAGAGGACAUCAUCCUCCGACGGUGCUUGUCGAAGGAUCUGUGGUCGAUUGGGAUUCGACGGCUAUGUAAUACUUCUUGGGACUUUACAUUCAACUGAGCGGGAGUGAUAAUAAGAGAAAUAUGCACGCAUACCCUAUACCUAUAUGUUUGUCCGGGUGACAGUGUACGAUGACUUCGGUCUUGUUAUUUUAUUUGUUUUGUGUCCAUACUAUCGUUUCCUAGCAUUUGAAGUUCGGAACCCGGAGUGAGUGAUAGCAACAUGCAUCAGCAUAUAACGCACAACUCCUGGACGCU